AAGCCGGUUUGGUGAGAUUGCCUUUAAAAUGAACCAAUAGUGGCCACGAAUACACGAGCACAGUGCCUCUAGACUGCCCCUGUGAACCUAGCCAGCAGUGUGAUACUUGAAGCCGAUUUGAAUUAACACGAAAAAAUGGCAGAGAACGACGUUGACAACGAGCUGUUGGACUAUGAAGAGGAUGAGGAGCCUCAGGUUGCCCCGGAGACCGCCACACCUGCGGGCAAGAAGGAGGUAAAGGGCUCUUAUGUCUCCAUUCACAGCUCCGGCUUCCGAGACUUCCUGCUCAAACCAGAGCUGCUCCGCGCCAUUGUUGACUGUGGCUUUGAACAUCCCUCUGAAGUCCAGCAUGAGUGCAUCCCACAGGCCAUCCUGGGCAUGGACAUCCUGUGCCAGGCCAAGUCUGGUAUGGGCAAGACGGCUGUGUUUGUACUGGCCACCCUGCAGCAGAUUGAGCCUGUGGACGGGCAGGUGUCUGUGCUGGUGAUGUGCCACACACGAGAGCUGGCCUUCCAAAUCAGCAAAGAGUAUGAGCGCUUCUCCAAGUACAUGCCUACCGUCAAGGCAGCCGUGUUCUUCGGGGGCCUGUCCAUCAAGAAGGACGAGGACGCGCUGAAGAAGAACUGCCCCCACAUUGUGGUGGGAACGCCCGGCCGCAUCCUGGCCCUCAUCCGCAACAAGACCCUCAACCUGAAGAACGUGAAGCACUUUGUCCUAGACGAGUGUGACAAGAUGCUGGAGCAGCUGGACAUGAGGCGUGAUGUUCAGGACAUCUUCAGGCUCACACCCCACGAGAAGCAGUGCAUGAUGUUCAGCGCCACCCUAAGCAAAGAGAUCCGUCCUGUCUGCCGCAAGUUCAUGCAGGAUCCCAUGGAGGUGUUUGUGGACGAUGAGACCAAGCUGACGCUGCACGGCCUGCAGCAGUACUACUGCAAGCUGAAGGAUAGCGAGAAGAACCGCAAGCUCUUCGACCUGCUCGACGUGCUCGAGUUCAACCAGGUGGUGAUCUUUGUGAAGUCUGUGCAGCGCUGUGUGGCUCUGUCUCAGCUGCUGGUGGAGCAGAACUUCCCUGCAAUCGCCAUCCACAGGGGCAUGGCCCAGGAGGAGAGACUUUCCCGGUACCAGCAGUUUAAGGACUUCCAAAGGCGGAUCCUGGUGGCCACCAACCUGUUUGGCCGAGGGAUGGACAUUGAGCGCGUCAACAUCGUCUUCAACUACGACAUGCCUGAGGAUUCCGACACCUACCUGCACAGGGUGGCCCGUGCAGGCAGGUUCGGGACGAAAGGUCUGGCCGUGACCUUUGUGUCUGACGAGACUGACGCCAAGACCCUGAACGAUGUGCAGGACCGCUUCGAGGUCAACGUGGCAGAGCUCCCAGAAGAGAUUGACAUCUCCACCUACAUUGAACAGUCCAGAUGAAAAUCGCUCCCUGACCAGUGAAGACGACGUGUCCGUGCCCCUCUGUCCUGGUCUUUUUUUGGAGAGGGAGAAUAAAAUAAUCAUUUUUUUAUUUCUAUUUUAAAUGCCUCUCUGUGAUCUCCCAGUUCAUUAAGCAUCACUUUUUAUUAGAUUUUUUAUCCUAUCCUCCCGAGGCUGCAGUUUUAAUGUUAUUUUCUCUGUUAAUGGUGGUUGUUUCUAUUUUUGCUUAAUUAAAUAAUUGACAUUAAAAUGUUUUAUACAAUGUUA